ACCAAACGUCAAGGCUUCUGUGACCAUCACUGGGAGGGGCAUUCCGUAUGUUUCUAUGGUGGUAACUGGAGUCUUAUACACUACAUCACCAGUUGGCUCACCCGGAGACUGCAUUGAUUUACUGUGAGAAACAUAUUACAUGUAAUGCUUUUAUAUACAUAAUUUUUAAUAUCAUUAAAAAUAAUAGGUUAUGUUUAAACCUUUGGUUCUUUUUCGCUGAUGAAAGCGAAAUUGGCCUUCGUCCCGUGAUGGACUGCCUCACUCGAGGUGAAAAUGGACUCCUCAUUGCACCUGUAGUACUAUAAUCCAUUAUAUCUUUAAUAAAAUUUCGAAAUAAAAAAAAGCGCAAAAUAACUGAAACGAAUAGCAAAGAUGAUUUCAAUUCAAAUAAUCAUAAUGUCAAACUGAAAGACCGAUCAAUAAAACGUUUCGAUAUACGUCAAUACUAAUUGAAGGCAAACCAUAGGAAAUAAAUUCAAAGCAAGAAUUUUCUUAUUAAUUAUUAUUUUUAAUAAACAAUUUUUACUGUUGUAAUUAGCUAAGAAUGGUUGGUGAUAGUGAUAUCGUUUUAUAAAGAAAAAAAAGAUUAUAGGUAUACAUAAUUAGACUCAAAAGCAGCAUAGCAGAGGGUAAUGAAACGGUGUGCGUCGCUCCGUUCCGUACAAAGAAGCUAAAGUCAAAGUCAAGUCAAAAAUGACUGACGUAAGACAACGAACGAAAUUCAACGAAUGUCAACAAAAUUGGAAUUUUCAACGGUUACCGAUUCCCGGUUUCGGGUUCUGAAGUUGGUUAUAAAUUAAUAGAACUGAUCAACUGAUUGAUCAUCCAUUAGUCCUUUGCUGAACUGAUCUACAUAUAUCAAGAUGCAUAUCAAAUCUAUAGUGUUAGAUGGUUUUAAGUCGUACGGAAAUCGUGUAGAAGUUAAUGGUUUUGAUCCUGAAUUCAACGCUAUCACUGGGUUGAACGGCACAGGAAAGUCAAAUAUACUGGAUGCGAUAUGUUUUGUCCUAGGAAUAACAAAUUUAGCGAACGUGCGUGCGAGCAGUUUGCAAGAAUUGAUAUACAAACAUGGCCAAGCAGGCAUCACUAAGGCUACUGUGAGCAUCACAUUUGACAAUAGGAAUAAGGACCAGUCUCCCAUUGGUUUGGAAAAUAAUGACGAGUUCACCGUUACUAGACAGAUUGUAAUGGGAGGCAAGAACAAAUACUUAGUGAAUGGCCUAAAUGUUCAGAACAAGCGAGUGACAGACUUGUUCUGCUCAGUGCAGCUCAAUGUGAACAACCCUCACUUCCUCAUCAUGCAGGGCAGGAUCACGAAAGUGUUAAACAUGAAACCUCCUGAGAUCCUGUCUAUGGUAGAGGAGGCAGCUGGUACACGAAUUUACGUAACUGCAGAAGAGCGAACUAAGGAGGCUGAAACCAAACUCACACAAGUGGAAGAUGAAAUAAAAAGUAAAAGACACCAGAUACAACAAAACGAAACAAGUAUCAAGGAAUUUGAAGAACAGAUAUCUGAACUUAAUAAGAAGGUGGAUGAGGAGAGCGGCGCCGCGCUGCGGGCGCUGGAGGCGGAGCUGGGCGCGGCGGGCGCGGCCGAGGGGCGCGCCGCGGCCGGGGCGCGCGCCGCGCACGACGCGCUGCAGUCGCACGCCGCGCGCGCGCGCCUGCUGGCCCGCGCGCUGGCCGACGACGAGGCGGCCGCCGCCAACAAGCGCCGCGCGCUGGACCAGGUCGAGAGUACGUUCGAGAGUCUGCGGGAGAAACAUCAGAACAGUACUGCCGUUCUCGCAGAUGCCCAGCAAAAAUUUUUGGAAGUCAGUAGUGGACUCGAAGGGGCCUCAGAAUCAUUACAAGACCAACUGAUGGCUGCUAAACAAGAGGCGUCAGAAGCGGCGACUCGGAUAUCGCAGAGUGCAAUGGAGAAAAAACAUGCAGAAAAUCGACUGAAGGCACUGGAAAAAGAGUUCGCCAGUAGCAGCGCUCAGUACCAGCGUGACAUGGAGAACAUCGGACGCCAUGAGGCGCAGCUCGCCGAGCUACAGGCGGAGUUGUCGCGUCUGGCGGGCGCGGCGCGGCGCGAGGCCGAGCUGGCCGAGACAGUGCGUGGCCUGGCGCGGCGGGAGCGGGGGCGCGGGGCGCUGUCUGUUCAACGUGGUGGUGGACACCGAGGUCACGAGCAAGCUACUGCUGCAGCGCGGACAGCUGGAACACAGGACCACCAUCGUCCCGCUCAACAAGAUCAACGGACACGUCAUCGACCGCGCCACCGUCGAGCUGGCGCAGCAGAUCGUACGUCCUCGCCCGCAGCGUACACGUGUACACUGUACGGCGGUGUACGGCACUGUACAGAGUGCUUGCAGGGCGGCGGGCCGGACAGCGUGCAGCUGGCGCUGGACCUGGUGCAGUUCCCCGGCGCGCUGCGGCCCGCCAUGGCGUGGGUGUGGGGCGCCACGCUGGUGUGCCGCGACCUGGACACGGCGCGCCGCGUCACCUUCCACCCCGCCGUGCGCCGCCGCGCCGUCACGCUGGACGGCGACGUCGUGGACCCGGCCGGCACGCUCUCCGGCGGCGCGCGCCUCAAGGGAGGCUCCGUGCUCAUGCAGCUGCAGGAACUCAAGCAGUUUGAGGAGGAGCACAAGGCCAUUAGGGAGCAGCUGUCGAAGUGCAACGACGAACUGAAGUCGUUGCAGCAGGCCGGCGAAAAACAUACCAGCGCCCAGCAAAAGUUCGACGUGAUGUCUCACGAGUUGGACGUGAUCAAGGCCCGCCUGGCUACCACGUCGCACGCGCAGACGCACGAGGAGAUCCAGAGCCUGCGCGCGCGCGUGUCGGAGCUGGGCGAGGCCGCGGCGCGGGCCCAGCAGGCGCGCGCCCAGGCCGACGCGCGCGCCGCGCAGCUGCAGCUGAAGCUGGCCGACCUGCAGGGCCACCGCGACAGGGAGUUCAAAAAAGCUGAGGAAGCUUUGAAUGCAGCUAAAAAAGAUGCAGAAUUCCACAGCAACUCUUGGAAACAACACGAACAGGAGCUGGAGACGUUGAAACUUGAAGUUUCAGAGCUGGAGAAAGCCGUGGCCAGCAGUAAGCAACAACUGGCGGAGAACAGCGCGGCCGCCGAGCGACUGCGGCUGGACGCCGAGCGGGCCGCCGCCGACCAUGGCGCCGCCGCGAGUGCUGUCAAAGACAUGCAAUCGCGUAUAAAGAGCCAGAAGGCGGAGAUAGCGAGUCGCAACACGGAGAUCUCGCGAUUAUUGCAGAAAAAAGAAAAAUUGCGUAAAAAUAACGGCGAGCUCGAGCUCAAGAUACAAGAGUUGGAAUACAGACUGAAUGAGCUACAGACAGAAGCUGCUGAACUGCGUGCUAAGAUUACCAACUUGGAAAAAGCGAACCCGUGGAUCAACUCGGAGCGAUCGUACUUCGGUGCGCCGGGCGGUAUCUUCGACUUCCAGGCGCGCCAGGCCAGCGCCGCCGCCGCCCGCCUGCAGCAGCUACAGGCGCGCCGCGACGGACUGGCGCGGGGACUCAACGCGCGCGCCCAUACCUUGCUGGGCAAGGAGGAGGAACAGUACCAAGAAUUGCUGCACAAGAAGCAGAUAGUGGAGGCAGAUCGCGCGAAGUUAGUGGCGGUGAUGGCAGAGCUGGACGAGAAGAAGAGGAAGACGCUGGUGGCGGCGUGCGAACAGGUCAACAAGGACUUCGGCUCCAUCUUCUCGACUCUGCUGCCCGGGGCCGAGGCCAAGCUCACGCCGCCCGACGGCCAGAGCGUGCUGGACGGACUCGAGGUGAAGGUGGGCUUCAACGGCGCGUGGAAGGAGUCGCUGGGCGAGCUGUCGGGCGGGCAGCGCUCGCUGGUGGCGCUGUCGCUGGUGCUGGGCAUGCUGCGCUGGCAGCCGGCGCCGCUGUACGUGCUGGACGAGGUGGACGCCGCGCUCGACCUCUCGCACACGCAGAACAUCGGCCUCAUGCUGCGCACGCACUUCCGCCACUCGCAGUUCAUCAUCGUGUCGCUGAAGGACGGCAUGUUCAACAACGCCAACGUGUUGUUCCGCACCCGCUUCGUGGACGGCAUGUCCUCCGUGCAGCGCACCACCAACGUGCCGCGCUAGGACCCCACCCUGUCUACGCUACACUGUCUACACUACACUUGUGUACACUCUACGCUGUGUACACCAAUCAUGUUAUAAGUGAAAAGGUGUAGAACUUUCGGAAGUUACCUUACAUUCGAUGUUCAACACGGCACACUAUCGCACACAUGAAUACGCCAGCGCAACACAAGUCUAGCUCUGAGGUAAACUGUGGCCAAUUAGCCACUUACACUAUGUUACAUUUUAUACGUGGUACGAGGUUUGAUAUAACUAUAAACAUGGAAACUACUAAACCAAUUUUAAUGAAACUUAGUACUCAUACUUUCAAUAAAAAGUGUAGUAAAUGUGGUAAUAUUAUAAUUUAUUCUAUGUAUAUUUAUGCGCGAUUAUCCCGCGAUUGACUGAACCGACUUUUGAUGGGAGUUUCAAAAAAAGAUCUGUUACACCUAGGAGAAAGUUUUAGUAUUUUAAUUAACCGACUUCAAAAGAAGAAGAGGUGAUAGUCGAUUUUUCGAAAUGUAGUUCAAUAAAUAA